CUCUCACAUGUAAACAUUCCUCCUUUCCCCCACAGACACAACACCAGAGAGCAGGGCCGAGGAGGGAGAGUCCUUGAGGCUGUAAUUUAAUCAGCAUGUGUCCCUUCAGUCUGCUGAUGUAAAGUUACAUCAGACUCCUUUAGGUGUAUUUCCGUUAAAUCCUCCGCGUGCUGUGAAUGGAGCUCAGCCCCGGCGCGAGCCUCUGAGCCUGGAGCACACAGAGUUAAUGAACACACAGAGUUAAUUAUUGCUUCAUACACACUCUGAUAUCAGUUAAUUCACACGGAGAGCUCACAGAGACACCAUCCUCUGAUUUAAACACACUUUACUUCAUCUUUAAAUCACCGGCAGACCUGAGGAUGAACACCGGAACCAGCAGCGGGAAGACCUUCCUGUUCACGUCGGAGUCUGUUGGACAGGGACACUCCGAUAAAAUGUGUGAUCAGAUCAGUGAUGCUGUUCUUGAUGCGUACCUGAGCCAAGACCCGGACUCUAAAGUGGCGUGUGAAUGUGUGGCGAAGACCGGCAUGAUCUUACUGGUGGGCGAGGUGACCUCUAAGGCCAUCGUGGAUCUCCAGGCAGUGGUCAGAAACACCAUCAAGGCGAUCGGCUAUGACAGCUCUGCAAAAGGCUUCGACUAUAAGACGUGCAACGUGCUGCUGGCUCUGGAGCCUCAGUGUGAGGAGAUCUCAGACUGUGUGUUUGAAGGCCGGCUUCAGGAGGACAUCGGUGCAGGAGACCAGGGUUUGAUGUUCGGUUACGCCACUGAUGAGACAGAGGAGUGCAUGCCCUUAACCAUCCUCCUGGCUCACAAACUCAACCACCGGAUGAAGGAGCUGUCCAAAACCGGAGAGUGUCCGUGGAUACUCCCAGACUGCAAAUCCCAGGUCACAGUCGAGUACAAAGACAACAAGGGCGCCAUGGAGCCUCUGCGGGUUCACACCGUGGUCAUCUCUGUGCAACACGCUCCGGACAUCAGCCUUCAGGACAUCAGACACCACCUGAUGGAGAAGGUGGUGAAGGUCGUCAUUCCUGCAAAGUACCUGGACGACAAGACCAUCUACCACCUCCUACCCAGUGGGAAGUUCCUCAUUGGGGGUCCACAGGGUGACGCAGGACUCACAGGGCGUAAGAUCAUCGUGGACACGUACGGAGGGUGGGGCGGACACGGAGGAGGAGCGUUCUCCGGGAAGGAUUACUCCAAGGUGGAUCGAUCCGGGGCGUACGCUGCACGCUGGGUCGCCAAGUCUUUGGUCAAAGCCGGACUCUGCAGGAGAGCGCUCGUUCAGAUCUCGUACGCCAUCGGUGUGAGCCACCCGCUCUCCAUCUCUGUGUUCCACUACGGCACGUCGAACAGGGACGAAGACGAGCUCCUGCAGAUCGUGCAGAAGAACUUCGACCUGAGGCCUGGAGUCAUCGUCAAGGAGCUGGGUUUGAAGCGGCCCAUCUACCAGGCCACAGCCUGCUACGGUCACUUCGGCAGAGAGGAGUUCCCCUGGGAGAAACCAAAGUCUCUGCUGUUCUGAGUCCGAUCACAUUCCACGUACACAACAAUCAAGACUCCAGUCCAACUGGAUCCAGCUCUUAAACUGUAACAAUCACUGUGUUUUCUCUGUCUCUGUUUGUGUUUGACCCUAAACUGUGAAGGAGGCGGUCAGUCCCUGGUUUUAAAGGAUGAAUUUGAUUUAAUCAAACUGCUCUUCUUUUGGACCUCAUCAGCAUUAAAUGUGGCAUUUAUAAAGGACUGUCGAUUCUGAAGAAAUCAUGUAUUUUGGUAACAUGCAAUAAACAACAUGUUGAUUAUAGA